UUUCCUUUCCUUCAGUUUUUCAUGCCCCUUCCCUUGGUAAGUUGGUAUGGCCUCUGAGUCGUCUCUCUCAUCGCAUGGCCUUCGUCGACUCACUCUUACGGAAAUGCACUUCUCUCUCACACAUCAAACAGCUUCAGGCACACCUCAUCAUCACCGGUCUCUUCCGAUUCUACCCUUCUCGCUCCAAGCUCCUCGACUUCUGCGCCACCUCCUCCGCCGGCAGCCUCCCCUACGCCACCGCCGUCUUCCUCCGAAUCCAAUCUCCGGCCACCAACGACUGGAACGCCAUCAUUCGCGGCAUGGCCCAAAGCGACCAACCCACGGAUGCCAUCGCGUGCUACCGCACCAUGUCACGUGAAUCGUCCUACAAGCCCGACGCUCUUACUUGUUCGUUCGCACUCAAGGCCUGCGCUCGAACUCUGGCUCGCUCUGAGGCAAUGCAGAUUCACUCACAGGUGAUACGGUUUGGGGUUGAAGCUGAUGUGCUGUUACAGACAACGGUGUUGGAUGUGUAUGCGAAGUCGGGUGAUUUGGACAAUGCCCAGAAGAUGUUCGAUGAAAUGUCAAUUAGAGAUAUUGCCAGUUGGAACGCUUUGAUUGCUGGGUUGGCUCAGGGAAGUCGACCCAGUGAAGCUUUGGAGCUCUUUAAGAGAAUGAGAGUAGAGGGUUUGAGGCCUAAUGAAAUUACUGUGCUCGGCGCUCUCUCAGCUUGCUCACAAUUGGGUGCAAUAAGAGAGGGCGAAAAGAUAUGUAAUUACAUUAGAAAUGAGAAGCUAGAUACGAAUGUGCAAGUUUGUAACGCGGUAAUUGAUAUGUAUGCAAAAUGUGGGUUUGUGGAUAAAGCUUACCAUGCUUUUGAGGGUAUGAGUUGCAGGAAGAGUCUUGUUACUUGGAAUACGAUGAUCAUGGCACUGGCAAUGCACGGUGAUGGAGUUGCAGCGCUCGAGCUUUUCGAGCAAAUGGGACGAGCUGGGGUGUCCCCUGAUGGUGUGAGUUUCCUUGGAGCCCUAUGUGCGUGUAAUCACGCAGGGCUAGUGGAAGAUGGGGUGAAGUUGUUUGAUUCGAUGGCAGGGUGUGGAGUGAGUCCUAAUGUGAAGCAUUAUGGUAGCGUGGUUGAUUUAUUGGGUAGAGCGGGGCGGCUUGAGGAAGCUUUUGGAAUUGUAAAUUCAAUGCCUAUGGUACCUGAUGUAGUACUUUGGCAAACUCUGCUAGGUGCAUGCAAAACUUAUGGGAAUGUCGAAAUGGCUGAACAAGCAUCAAGGAGGCUUGUGGAGAUGGGUUCGAGUAGUUGUGGGGAUUUUGUGUUGUUGUCAAAUGUUUAUGCAGCACACAAGAGAUGGGACGACGUAGGUAGGGUGAGGGAGGCAAUGAAGAAUAGAGACGUGAGGAAGGUGCCGGGGUUUAGCUAUAUUGAAGUGGAUGGUGUGAUACACAAGUUUGUCAAUGGUGAUCAGAGCCAUUCGAAUUGGAGGGAAAUUUAUAGGAAGCUUGAUGAGAUUAGGUUUAGGAUUGAAGCAUAUGGCUAUGUGCCUGAGACUGAUUAUGUGCUGCAUGAUAUAGGACAGGAGGAUAAGGAAAAUGCAUUGUGCCAUCAUAGUGAAAAGCUGGCCGUGGCUUUUGGUUUGAUUAGCACCAGUGAGGGGACUCCAAUUCAAGUGAUUAAGAAUCUCAGGAUAUGUGGAGAUUGUCAUGCUGUGAUUAAGCUCAUAUCAAAGAUUUACUCUCGAGAAAUUAUUGUAAGAGAUCGUGCUAGGUUUCACAGGUUCAAAGAAGGAAACUGUUCAUGCAGAGAUUAUUGGUGAAUUAAUACUAUUAUUUAUUUGAUGUAUCAUUACAAAGAAAUUGUGGAAAAGAUAAUUGUUAUCAUGUAGGAACAUUUGUUCUAUUCAAAAUUAAGCACGAAUACACAAUUUUGGCCACUGCGGGCUCCUCUUAACUCUAUCAACUGCUAGUUGCAGAGCAGAACAGUGUGCUUCAAGAUUGUUUAAAUCUGUUGACACCAACACUUACAGGACAUUUUACGGCGUGCUGACACUGAUGCUUUCACCUGGUCUAUCAAUCAUUGUGUAACUGCAGACAAGGGUUUUCUACUGUAAUUCGCUCAGAGUCAUUGGUGGCCUAAGUAAUGGAGCAUAGCCUGCUUCAAACGCUUUCCUUCAAGUGUGUUAAAGAAGGCAGCCUGUGCAUGCUGCUCUGGAAACGGCAGUCUAGUUGCCGGGUGCUUCAAGAUUACUUUGGAACUCAUUAGGGCAGAAAAAUACUCCUUUUACAUAGACUCAGAUGUAAUUAAGGAGAAAACAUCAUUUUGUUUGUUGAGAAAGGGGAAGCGAGACAAGCACGAGUUGACAGAGCUCUGUGUCUGGGAAAUGAUUGGCUUUCUGAAGGAUGCAUCUUGGUUAAACAAAUAGAGUUGUUACAUAGAAUAUUCCAAUUACACUUGAGAAAUAAAAAGUUAUC